GGAACAGGGGCUGCCAGCUUUGACGAAUUUGGGAACUCCAAGUAUCAGAACCGGCGAACCAUGAGCAGCUCGGACCGGGCCAUGCUCCACGCCUUCAAAGAGAUCAGCACCAUGGCCGACCGCAUCAACCUUCCCAGGAAUAUUGUAGACAGAACCAACAACCUCUUCAAGCAGGUUUACGAGCAGAAGAGCCUAAAGGGACGAGCCAACGACGCCAUCGCGUCCGCCUGCCUUUACAUCGCCNUGAAGAGGAGUAAGUCGGGUCUUGAAUGUCGAACACAACUGAGACGAACAGAGAUCCUCCCGUAG